AUGCUCAGCAUCACAGGAUCGACUCACAUCAAUGACCCAAUUUUGUCGACAUACUUAGAUCCCACAUCAUCAUCAGUGUUAUUAAAAGCGGGUAUUAAAACUGUUGACGACUUUAUCAAGACACCCCUGAUUAAGAUAUCUCCGCUUUUUGUUGAACCUGAAAAGUUGAGUAAUUUUUUGAAGAUGUUGUGUUGUCAAAUAGUUCCGAACAGAUACACUCUUUUAGACUAUGCAGAUAACAUGGAACACACCGAAUGUACUACAGGAAUACCGGCAAUCGACAGUGCAUUGCCCACCCGUCACAUGGAGACGGGGAAGAUAUAUGAUUUAGUAGGGACGGUUGAUAGUCUUUAUUAUCGAGUGUUAGUCACAAUUGCUUGUUGCUUCAUUAAACAAACGAGUCGCCCAGUGUUAUGGAUCGACACAAUCCGAGAUCUGGACUUUGAUAUAGUCUAUGACGUCAUUGUGUCACAACUUGAACUCUCUACACAAGACGCUCAUACCUAUUUUAAACAGAUUCAUGUCGUUGUCGAGCAUUCCCUCAUCAAUUUGAUCAACACCUUUAAUGACUCUCUCAAUGAAUGCGGACUCGUCAUCUUCAAUAGCCUUUCUUCCCUCACACGACACGCACUGAGUCUUUCCUCCCCAUUGUAUAAACACACCGUUAAGUUCAUCAACACAGUAAGUCGCAUCGCAGAACAAAAGAAACUUGUAGUUAUAAAUAUGAACUUCCUCCAAUACGAAAUGAGUACAGACAAACAACCUCAUCUUGUGACUACAAUUGACAACAACUUGUUUUACCAGUACGCCAAUGUCCAAGUACUGCUGUUAACUGGUGACAAUCAAGUCUCCGCUCAACUCACGAAACCAAGAAUAGUCUUUCUUAAUGAAAAGUGA